AUCAUAUAUGAUACGAAGAAGACGAGAUAGGCAUCACCAAAAUAGUAUUCAAUCUGUCUGGUUUUCUAUGGUUUCAAAGUUCCCUUCCCGCAUAUUUUAACUAACACAUAUCUCUCUUGCCAGCGCACCACUUAACCAAGUUAAACGAGUUGUUUUGGUCCCCCUCCCGUCUCCAUCACGCGCCACCAUCACCGUCUGAUCUUCACCACAAGUUAAACGCCAAAAAUGCUGCCCUACGCCACUCUCGAAGAAGCCGCCACUGCGCUGGGUCGGAACUUGACGUUUGCGGAGACAUUAUGGUUCAAUUACUCGGCUCAAAAAUCGGAUUACUUUCUCUACUGCCACAACAUUCUGUUUUUAUUCGUGAUCUUUUCAGUUGUGCCUCUUCCCAUGUUGGUCAUUGAGCUCCUGGGAUCUAGUAGUUUUGAUAAGUACAAGAUUCAGCCUAAAGUUAGGCUCUCUUUUCCGGAGAUGUUUGGGUGUUACAAGGAUGUUAUGCGCAUGUUCUUUCUUGUUGUUGGCCCGCUUCAACUUGUGUCUUAUCCCUCCAUCAAGCUGAUUGGGAUUAGAACUGGGCUGCCAUUGCCGUCGGGAUGGGAGAUUUUUGUGCAAUUGGCAGUGUACUUUAUGGUGGAGGAUUAUACAAAUUACUGGAUCCACAGAUUUCUCCAUGGGAAAUGGGGGUAUGAGAAAAUCCACCGUGUUCACCAUGAAUAUUCUGCUCCAAUUUCAUAUGCCGCGCCAUAUGCGCAUUGGGCUGAGGUUUUGAUCCUUGGGAUUCCAUCUUUUCUUGGUCCGGCAGUUGUUCCUGGCCACAUGAUUACUUUCUGGUUGUGGAUUGCUUUGCGGCAGAUUGAGGCCAUUGAGACUCAUAGUGGGUAUGACUUCCCCUGGACUCCUACAAAGUACAUUCCAUUUUAUGGUGGUGCAGAUUACCAUGACUAUCAUCAUUACGUGGGAGGACAAAGCCAGAGCAACUUUGCUUCUGUUUUCACCUAUUGUGAUUUCAUUUAUGGAACUGAUAAGGGUUAUCGCUAUCAAAAGAAGGUCCUUAGCAAGAUGAAAGAGGAAUUAAGAGGAGUUGGUAAGAAGAAUGGAGGCUUUUAUCAAGAUCUUAAAUCAGAGUAAUUUUCUGACUGCAGAAUCCUUGUCGAGAACAAUGCACUUGUGUCAUAUUUCUUACUGGUGACUGCUCCUGGAAAUCUCUGAUUUCAAGUAGAUAUUUCCUUGCCAUUUUGGUAAAAUAGACGUCUUUAACUUGGGGAUUGUGAUUUUAUGUAGCUUGAGGGGAGCUGAAGUCUUCAUUGUUAAUGUUUAGAAUUUGAACAUUAUGGUCUAAGUAAGGAUAUAUGAACUGGAAUUAUGGCUUGUCUUUAUAAUCUUGAUAUAAGUAAUUAGCUUAGUAUCAAAACGUAUGCCAUUUGAAUGUGAUGUUUCCGAUUAGAACUUUGGUUGUUCAUGUAAUAUGAACCAGAAGCUGUCGAAUGUAAAAUUCAAAGAUCAAAUAGUUUUGGGAUGCUUUCCA